CAUUUUGUUUGCAAGCAUGUGUGUAACACCGUGCGGAUGUGUUUGCACGUUACGUAUAUUGAUGUAUAUCCAUAUGUAUGUUUCCACGUAUGUCACUGCUCGGUAAUACCGGUAAUAGUUUUGAGAAGAUGCAAGAAAAUUCGCUUGAUUGUUCUGUGCGCAAUCGUUUGUAAAGAGAACGGGAAGAGCAGUUGUUAGAUUUCCGUGAGCGUCUGAAACAAUGGCAGAUUUGUUCAGCACGUCCGUGUUACGGAAGGAUUAAAUGAAGGAGGUUGGCUCUUUUUACUCUUCCACGGUAUUUCAAACUCGCAAUCAGAAUGGUUUAUCUCGCUCGAAUCUGGCUUUUUGUACUUGUUUAUGUGUUUUCAGCAAUUUUAACACAUACAACUGGAUCACGAGUUAUUGAGCUCAGUGAUAAAUUUCUUGAUAUACAUAAAGAGGGACAAUGGCUAGUCAUGAUGUAUGCGCCUUGGUGCGCCCACUGUAAAAAGUUGGAACCAAUUUGGUCUCACGUUGCUCAACAUUUGCAUGCAACACCAAUACGAGUAGGCAGAAUAGAUUGCACUAGAUUUACCAAUGUGGCUAAUGUAUUCAAAGUUAAAGGAUUUCCUACUAUUCUAUUUUUAAAAGGUGAUCAGGAACACAUGUAUCACGGUGACAGAACUAGGGAUGAAAUAGUUAAAUUUGCUUUGAGAUUAAGUGGCCCUCCUGUACAAGAAAUAACAAAGCCUCAGAGUUUCCAGUCUAUUAUGAAAGAACAAGAUCUUUAUUUCUUAUAUGUGGGAGAUAGAUCUGGGAUCUUCUGGGAACUUUAUUACAAGACUGCAAAUAUGUUUCAACCUUUUGCGUAUUUCUACCAAACUUAUCCACGUAUUGCGAGAAAGCAUGCGCCGGUGGAAAAAGUCCCUGCGCUAUUUGUGUAUAAAGAAAACUUACAUUACAAUUUUACUGGCCACGACUUGAAUGACAUAGAAAAAAUGAAUGAGACACUUUACAAAUGGGUGAAUGCAGAGCGCUUUCCGACAUUUCCAAAAGUGACAAAAGGAAAUAUAAAUCAAUUAUUCUUAACAAAUAAGAAUCUCGUUUUAGCUGUAGUGGAAGAAAACAUAUUGGAAGAGGUCGCGCCUGACAUGCUGGAAUUUAGAGAUAUGGUCCAAUCCGUCAUCAAAAAUAAACGAGCAAAAUAUCACGAUCAUUUUCAGUUUGGUUGGAUAGGUAGUCCCGAUCUAGUCAAUAGCAUAGCGAUGAUGGUAGUACCUUUACCGAGCUUAAUUGUGAUAAAUACGACUACAAAUCAUCAUCACAUUCCGGAAGAUGAAACAGAGAAAUUGACGCCAAAAGUAAUAGAAUUGUUCUUGGAGCAGAUUCGAAAUGAAAGUGCUCCGCGAUAUGGUGGAAAUAGUUGGCUGGUGCGUAUUUAUAGAGCAUGGUUUGAGUCAAAAACCUCUCUAGCUUCAAUGUGGAAAGGUAAUCCCAUUUUGACUACGGUGAUCUUUGGGUUACCAUUUGGAUUUCUUAUGCUAAUAUGUUACGGCACUUUUUGUCAAGAUAUUUUGGAUGCGGACGAAGAUGAAGAUGAAAAUACUGCUCACAUGAAGAAUGACUAAAACCAAUUAUGAAUACAUUAUAUAUGUAUAGUGUAUAUAAUCUCAUGUGGUCAUCCUGAGAGUAUCUCUUAUAUGUUAAAAUUUUCGCCAAAGUAACCUUAAGACGACAGAAACUUUUAUACAGUGAUAAGUGCCGCUCUGACAUUCCAUAUAUUUUUACUUUUAGUAAAUGUUUUGUUUUGCAUAUCUAUAAAGUUUUAUGAUAUAACUGGUUAUAUAUGCGAAACGCGCAAUGUGUAUGAGACAAUACAAAACUGUAUAGCAAGUAUAUACAAGAACUUGGAAAACUUUCAAAUUGAAAUGAUCUUUUAAACACAGUUUUAACAAUUGCAGAGUAUAAAAAAAGUCAAACAUAUUUGUGUGUAAACGUUUAUAUAAUUACACACGCGCGCGCGUAUAACAAAUUAUAAAAUAUUGGUUAUAUGUACAUAGAGGAGAUGAUAUUUGGCAUUAUAACCGUGUGAUAUUGUAUCCUAAAUUGUAACUUUUUUCUUCUGAAAAAAUAAAAUAUUUGUUUUGCAUUGCAUCAAAUAUAUGUAU